CCGAGUGUUGGCAACAGGGGCUAGUUGGCUGGGUUGGGCGGCAGCUGGGUUCUCCCCGGGGACCUCGCAAGGACCUCGACAGUCAUGGCCGCGCUGGAACGCCCCAACAGGAGACACUAGCGCCGUGGGCCAAGGUUUAUACACCGGGCGGAGUGCGCGGGCGAGAGGGUGGUGGGUGGAGCGCCGACGAGUGGAGGGUGGAGAGGCGAGAGGGCCGGUGUGAGGGGUGGACGGUGAGCGGGUGUGCGUUAGUCAUUGUGCGUGUGUACUGGCGUAUCCUUACGAGUGACGUGACGCACGGAAACUAAAAAAAAAACACGAAAAAACAAAAAAAAAACGGGAAGCAGAAGUACGAACAUAGCUAGCUGGCUGUUGUGCGGUGGUUCGCCUUUCCUUACACCGUGGCAGAUGGCGAGAGGCACGCGUGCAUGAUACGGAACAUUACAUAAGGGAACUUCUGCAGAAGAACCGUAAAGAUGAGCGUGAUGUGGGGCCGCUUCUAAGACAAAAGCGUGACGGGAAAUACGAGAAAGAAAUUGCUUCCCAUUACGUUUGGUACGCGCAUCGCACGCAUCAAACCCGCACACACACACACACACGCGCUCGAGUACAACCCCACAACAUACAUCUUACGAACAACAAUCCACCAACAACAAAACGUAGUGUAAAAUGCCCAAAAUUCUGGACAGUGACAUCGACUCACCAAUUGCAAACUUGAUCAAGCGCACGACGCCGACGGCGACCAGCAGCAGUAGUAGUUCGAGCAAGCAAAGCGUGCAAUACUCGACCGACACCACGACCAACAGCGAAAAGUCGGACGGCCCGUUCGAGGCGAUCGUUGGCCGCCAUCAUCACCUCGUCAGUGGCGGCGGCAACUCCAACUCGUCCUCGUCCUUCUUUUCGUCCGCCUACGACGCGAAGGACGGCUCGAACGAGGGUGGUAACAGCUACGGUAGCGCGUCGGCGGCAGUAGCGGCGGCGGCGGCGGCGGCAGCAGCGGCAGCGGCAGCAGCAGCGGCAGUAGCAGCGGGAGGGACGGGAGGGGCGGGCCCGCAGCCUCCGCCUCCACCUGCCCAACAUGGUCAGAGUGCGUUCUUUCAAUCAACCGGGCACCCGCGCGGAAACCAUCGUGGGGAGGCGACCGAGGGGGGUAAGGCAGGAUCCGGGGUCACCCCCACCACCGGCACCGCCUCCGCCAACGCCUCCGCCACCGCCGCCACCGUUGCCCCCGCGGGGCCCGCGGAAUCGCGCGUCCGGAAGUACCGCCACCAGCAGUUCAGCAAGAACAUCUACAUUGGCACGAAGAAUGCGGAGAAGUGGGACACGCUCCGGAAUGUGCUGCUGUUCAAGAAUGAUGUAGAAUUCGUGUCAUUUCUGCUCAAGCUGGCAGAGAGCAACUGCUGGAAGAAGGACUCGCCGCUGCUGAACGGGUUCCACAGCGAAACGCCACCAGUGAAGACCCAAGGUGCAUCCAGCAAGGGCACACGGACCAAGUCAGGUGGCCGCUCGAAGCAGCAACAACAGCAGGAGCAGCAGCACGAUGAGCACCAGCAGCAGCAGCAACAGCAACUACACUCAUCAUCAAUCAGCUUCAGCAGCUCAAAGCCGACCGCCGGCGGUGGAAAGAAAACCAAGAAAGUACAAUUUAACAAGAGUGUAAAUAUUAUCCAUAAGCUUGACGACAACAGCAGUCGUGGAGCCGGCAAGGUGUCCUUCAGCGAGCGGACUCUGGCGGACGAGCCCGCUAACCUGCCGAACCACGACGAGGAUACGGCUGCUAUGGCAGAGGAGGAUGAGGCCGUGGAGGAGGAGGACGAUGACGAGGAAGAGGAGGAAGACGAAGAUAUGGAGGGAGAAGAUGACGAUGAAGAGGAGGAGGAGGAAGAGGAGGAGGAUGAUGAGGAAGGUGAGGAGAAAGAGGCACUGACAGAUAAGUCCAGCGAAGGAGUGCCCAAGAGCGAAGGAGAACGGAAGAAGUCGGAGGCCUUCCUGGACGAAGGCAAGGAAUCGGAAACCAACGCCAGCACCAGCCAUGACCAGCAGUACUUAAUGGAUGACCUCGUGAAGAAGACGAUACGAAAAGCGCUUCCACCUCCGGCGAGUUUGCAGCAGCAGAGCAACGACGUACAGCAGGACUCGAUCAGUAGUACCAUGGGAUCGGUGUCUGAGGACUCGCUCAACACCGAGACGGAGGUGCUGGACUAUCGCAUAGCGGAGAAGAUCAAGACGGAGUUGGAGGAGAAACAAAAGCUCGAACGCAAGACGCACAACGCGGAGGAGUUGCCGACUACUUCGAACUUCUUCGACCAGUGCGAGUUUGAGCCGGCGUCGAUGGAGGAGAAACCAUCGGUGCCACACGGCAAGAAAAGCUCUACAGGUGAACGAUCCCGGUCAAACGCGUCCCAGGAUCCUGCGGCCUAUCCGGCAGGUGCACGUAAGCGAGGUAAGCGAGCCCACGCAGCGGACACGGACACGGUCGAUCUGCACAUCGAGUACGAGGAGCAGGAGUACCGGCCUCUACCGGUCUUGAGAGGGACCGCUAGCGACGGAGGAUCUAUGGAGAAGGCAACCUUCGGUGGUCAGGCUAAACAGUUGCAACUUCAGCACGCUCUGUCGACUCAGCGGAAGACGAAGAGUGCGGGUUCGGCAAAGAACAAGGUGUGCGCUGGGUGUAGCAUCAAGCACGGUGCAGAUAUGUGCCCGUUGAAUACACCGGUCCGAGCAAUCGGCAACAAAAUCGAGCUUAACCAGUGGCUGGAGCAGAACGAGGAUCUGAUCAAAAAGCACAAGCUGUUCCUGAAACCGGCCAACAACGGCGAUGAGAUGGAUGACGAGCUGGAUGAGCACUACGACGAGGAUGACGACGACGAGGACGAGGACGUCGAUGAUGACGACGAUGAGGGUGGUGAGGGCAGCAGGAGCAACGCGAAACUGGAACUAACUCCCUCCUUUUCGGAAGUCUCGCUUCCGCUGGAGUUCGAGCUGAGACUCUGUCCACAAUCGAGCUCCAACAGCGCCAUCAGCAGCACUACGCACACCGAGAGCAUGCAACAGCAGCAGCUGCACCAACAAGAGCUUAAUCCACUGCAGGAAUCCCAACAGCAGUCGCAGGAUCAGGAUAUGAUGACUGAGGAUAAGGGAUCGCUUCCACCGCCGUCGUCGUCGUCUGGAUUCGCUGGACCACUAGUGCUGGAGCAGGAUCAGGUGCCUCCAAAGAGUCGAGCAAUUAGUGGGCACGGUCUGAGCAUCUACACGACCAGCUUUAUCGCGAAGUAUACGAAAAUCGGCCCGCUGACGGGGCAGAUCGUGCGCGAAACGGAAAUUCAGGACGACUGCACGAUGCGCUACAUAUUUGAAACGUUCGAUGGCAGCAAAUCCACGUAUACCAGCACCGAGAACAAGAACCUUUCGAACUGGUUGCGCUAUAUAAGGCCUGCUAGGAAUCGCGAUCAGAAGAACUGCGUUUUGCAGGUGUAUGAUAGCGCCAUCUUCUUUGUUACCAGCAGGGAUCUGGAGCCAGGUUCCGAGCUGCUGUAUUGGAGUAACGAUAGUAACUCCGCAUGGGGCAAGAAAAAAAUGGAGAAGACUAACUGCGGCGGCUGCAACCUCAAAUUUGACCAUCCUUUUUACUACCGAACGCAUUGUUCGGUUUUCCAUGAUCCUGGAUUCAGUCUCACGAUCAGGAAGUACCACUGCAAGGUGUGCGGAGCAGCUGUUUUAGGCAAAGAAAACAUAAUGAAACAUGCCGAAAAGCUGCACGAUGGAAAGGGUGCAUAUCAGUGUCAAUUUUGCCAAAAGUUUUUCUUGCGGUUGAACUACUUGGAAAUGCACAGAACGUACGGUUGCAGCGCAAACCCUCAACGCACACGUCCGCUGUGUGACUUCUGUGGUAGAAAAUUCUGUCAACCACAGAAACUGAAGGUCCACAUAAAGCGGAUGCACAGCGAUAUGGCGGAUGUGUUGCGCGAUUUCCAGUGCAAGCUAUGCUCGAAGCUGCUCGGGUCACGUGCCGCUCUGCAGCGCCACUCGAAGGAGGUGCACAGUCGCAACUCAGCCGUAGUCAGUUGUCCGCGCUGUCAAAAGCUGUUUCAGAAUCGAUCCAACCUCAAAAUUCACAUGCUCACUCAUUCUGGCGUGCGGCCAUUUAAAUGUGCUGAAAACGAAUGUACGGCUGCCUUCACCACUAAACAGUGUCUACAGUUUCAUUACAAAAAGGUGCACGGUUACACUCAAGAACAGAUGCCAAAAAUCGAGCGCAGUGUUGCGUACACCUUCGAUGCUUACUCUGGAGGCUUAAACGAUGGAAUUAUCGACGAAGUACAGCGCCGUCAGAGACACAAGUCAUCCGCAUCUGAAGAGGGAGGCUAUGGCGGAGAAAAGGUCGAACGUAAGAAACGCUCUCGUCACCUCAAUCAUUUCGACGAUGUGGCGCUUCAUCAACAGCAACCACAGCUUCAGCAACAGCCAGACCUUUCACACGGACUGCACCAGGAGACCAGCGAUCAAGGCAAACCCUCGACUCAACAUCUCCAGCAGCAAUCACCUUCACAGCAGCAACUGGAUUAUCCCAAUACACCUCCCGCAUCUCAGCGCUUGUCAACCGCACAUCAAUCAAUCGCCCAGCAGCACCAGUUGGUGCAGGGGUUGUCCAACGCCGACGUGCUCCAAAAAGACAGUGAGCUACACCAGCAGAAGCUGCUCAGGCAGCAGCAGCAUCAGUUGGCGUUGCAUCCGACGGAUGAGCAGCAGGAAAUGAGUGAACAGGCCGGUGGGCAGAUCUCGCAUCCACAGCACGAUGUGCAUCCCGAUCAGCACCAUUCGGCACUAGAAGAUCAGGUGAUGUCGAAGGGUGAUCAGGACGAACAGGCGCUGCAUCAUCAUCACCAGCAACAACUCUCUCGUCUACCGUCGCCGUUCUCAAACAAUCUGCUUAAGACCAAAAACAUCCUUGAAUCCUUUAACGAUCUUUGUCGGAAUGAAAGCAACUUGUCGCUGCUAUCUACAAAAAUCACUUCCAUACUCAAUAAUAACUUGAAGGAUAUCGCAAAGGUCGCUGCAAUCGGUACGUCUGCCGGCAGCAAUGGUGGCAGCGUGGAGGAUAUUAGGAAGAACAUCAUAGACCAGCAAUCGCUGGAUGAAAGCCGUGGUGAUCGGCUUGAGGACAUGCAGCACCUGGUGCAUCCACUGCCGGAUGAGCAGUCGAAGCCAAACAGCUUGAACGUCGGCCAGUUGCAUCGUCUCAACAUAUCAAACCAGCUAGACGCGAACGCGGCUGCCGCCCUGCAGUAUAAGGCCAACAGUGAUGAUGAGAUGAAGACUGUCAACGAGGUGGACAACAACUUUGUCGAUAUGGCAUCGCUCGCGAGCAAUUUGAAGUAUAAAGAAUACAUCAAUGGAGGCGGUAACGCUAGUCUCGUUAUCAGCAAAGGCAGUAAGAAGUGGAUCAGUGACACAGACCAGCUGCCGGGUGAUGGGCAACAAGCGGAAGCGGGAGUUAUGCUGAGUACCGUGACCAGCCGUGACUUCCUCACCAAGUUAAUCAUGAACGGAAACGUGAACACACCUCCACCAAAUGUAGCAGACGAGGAGGAGGAAGAUGACGACAACUCUACGAUACUAGACGUUGUUGAUUCGAACAACCAAAACCAGCAAAGCUCGCACUCGCAGAUUCAACAGUACACGUCGAAUUUCACCGGGCUCAACCUGCCCGACCUUCCAUCGUUCCAAAGCCACGCCUUCCAGGGCCACUUCAACCAUCAAACGUUGCUAGGUUCGUUUUACAACAACUCUAGUGCUGGUACAGGUCGCAACACAAUCAAUACGAUCCCGACGUCCGCGAGCAUGCUGGUGGAGGCGGCUCUUAACUCUGUGAGCAACAUAAUUACGGAAGCGGAGAUCAGCACAAACAACCAGAGUCAGGGUCUUCACCUCAACCAUAUCGACCCUGGCGGUGGCACGGACACGGGCAAUAACAACCUCUCGACCAACUCCUUCAGCACGAGCAACAUCGACGAGACGGUGGACGACAUGAAACUUCUCAAAUCGCAUCACUUUUCCAUGCAAAUCAACUCCAUCUCGCAGUACUCUGCGCAGUCCCCCAAUGAUACGGGUAUUCUGUCUAUCCGAGGAGCUGGAGGUGGCACCGUCAGUCGACCGAAGUCGCGUGAGAAGAUCACCAUGUACGAGGACAACGAAAUGCUGAGCUACGAAAACCAGCACAUGAGCCAGCAACUGCAGGGCACUCCUCACAAGCUGACGUCGAGCGUUGAUUCCGUGCGUAGCGCUCUGUCACCUGAGCAAACUGGUGACUUCAGCUACUCUGCCACGCCGACUACCUCCGUUCGGCAUAUAGUGAGCGGCUCACCUGUUCGCUCAAGCUCGCGACAGAUUUACGCGGAGCAUGAUCUUAUCUCGCCAGCAUCUACGCCUUCGCUGCCACGCUACGAUUUCGGACCCACGGAAAGUGGAUACAACAGCACACGUCGUCAAGAUGCUAAAACGAUGAACUCACUCACUCUGGAAAGCUUCGAGUCAAACCUCAAAGACUCCCACCAUAUGCAGCAGCUAUCGAGCGAUGAGGACAACAGUAUAGUGAUUGCCGAAAACCUCUCCGUCAACGCAGUGCAGGCGGAAGAGAAGCUGAAGCUUUCUGCUGCGGCUGGUGCUACCACAGCUAACAGCGUUCCCAGCGCUGGAGCAAGUGCGACGGAAUUUAUCCAGCACCAGAAGUACGGUGACGCUGGACGUACGAUAGGUGGCACUAACCUGCCCACCACCACCGACAUGCGCCUCAAGUACGGCAACGAGGAUAUGGUGGACUUCCAGCGCAACAACAUCGGUGACUCGUCUGAUUUCCAGGGGCUGGACAUGUCGUCUCGGUCUUCUAUGUCAUCGUAUCAUCACUCGAACUUUCAGCUAUCGACGCAAACAGGUAGCAAUCUGCACUUUAACCGAUAUCACCAUCACAUCUACGAUAUACUGAGCGAACGCGAGCAACAACAACAACAACCCCAACAGCAGCAGCAGCAGCAGCAGCAGCAGCAGCAACAACAACAGCAACAGCAACAACAGCAGCAACAACAACAUGAACAGCAGCAGCAGCCUCAACAGCAUCACCAUCAGCAGCAACAACAGCAAGCGCAGCAGCAACAUCACCAGCACCAGCAUCAGCACCAUCAUCAUCAACAUCAGCCACAGCAGCAGCAACAGCAAACACAGCAACACUCGCAACAGCAGACUCAACAACAGCAAGAGGCAUUCCAGCUAGAGCAAACGCAGCUGCAGCAUCUCGUCCAAGAGCACGUCCAAAACCAGGACUCAGACGCAGAUCAAUCAGUAACGGUUGACUUGAGCCGCAGUUCAAACUAUCUCGUGCAAUCAUCCCCAACACCGGCCAUCUCGUACAGCAGCCACCACCAUCCGGAGAUGAUUCGCAUGGUAUCACUGGAUUUAAGCUCCAACACCGGUUCGCACCACGCGGUGAAUAAUGGUUCGCAUCACUCCGUACGCCACGCAUCGUUCAUAUCUUCUCAGAUACAGCCUGCUGAACAUCAUCGCCUGCUUGCCGGAGACCAGCUGUCCGCCGGCAACCAUCGCCUGCUUGUAGGUGAUCCUGCGACGCAUCUCAUCUUCGAGCAGAACAACCGAUUGCUUUCUGACGCAAGUGGACAACCUGCGCCUCCGCCUCCACCAGCACCACGUCACGUUGUGUCACCAACACGUGGCUUCGGGGCCUACCAUCAUCACCAUCACCAUCACCAUCACCACCAGGUCAGCUCGUCCAACUACCAUCAUCCGAUGAAGCAGAACAUUGCUUCGCCUCCCAUCAACCAGCACAGCUCCUCGGCCGCUGCUUAUCAUCCCUUCCCGACCUACUACUAA